AUGGCUUCCUUGAGCAAAACUCUUCUUACCUUUCUUCUUGUUGCUAUCCUCUAUACAUCUUCCUUGGAAAGCAGAAAGGUCCUGAGCAUAGAGAAAAUGGAUGUUCCUUCUGAUCUGGUGGACAGUUUAGUUCCAAGUGCCCUACAAAAGGGUUCUGCUACAUUUUCUCCCAGUGGUGAAAGUUACAAAGUUGCUAUAAAUGAAGGGCUGAUUAACAGGCACAUUGCCAGGGAUGACCGAAUUUUGAAGUCUGUUCCAAGUCCCGGAAUCGGCAAUUAG